AUGUCGGGCUCAUCCGAACCACCAUCGAUCCAACCUCUCUCCUUAACACCUCACCCACCCGUAGCCACUUCAAGUGAAUCUACAGUUCCUCCUACAGACCCCACUACGACCGCACAAUCCACGAAUGCCGACCAAAACAUCGACCCAUGGAACGUACAAGGCGCGGUUGUGGAUGGAAAAGUUCAAGCAAUCGAUUAUGAUAAACUCAUUCAGCAGUUUGGAACACGCAAGAUUUCACCUGAAUUGCUCGCCAAAUUUGAACGUGUGACUGGUCAUAAGCCUCACCGUUUCUUGAGGAGAGGGUAUUUCUUCAGUCAUCGGGAUUUGGAGAGUAUAUUGGAUCGAUAUGAGCAAGGGAAACCUUUCUUUUUGUAUACGGGAAGAGGACCGAGUUCGGAUAGUAUGCAUAUGGGGCAUAUGGUUCCGUUUCUAUUCACAAAAUGGCUACAAGAGGUUUUCGAUGUGCCAUUGGUAAUCAUGUUGACAGACGAUGAAAAGUUCUUGUUCAAACAGGAGCUUAAGAUCCCGGAUGUCAAGAAAUAUGCCCGACAGAAUGCGAAGGACAUCAUUGCUGUGGGAUUCGACCCAAAGAAAACAUUCAUCUUUAGCGAUUUCGACUUCAUGGGUGGAGCUUUCUACGAGAACGUUAUGGCAGUAGCGAAGUGUAUCACAACAAACCAGAGCAAGAGCGUCUUUGGAUUUGAUGAUGCUGCAAACAUUGGCAAAGUCUUCUUCGCCGCCGUUCAGAUCGCAACUGCCUUUGCUACAACUUUCCCACACAUCUUCGGUACCGAUACAAAGAAAGUAGCGUCGAUACCAUGUCUUAUUCCGUGUGCAAUUGAUCAGGAUCCUUACUUCCGUUUAUCGAGAGAUACUGCUCCACGGUUGAAGUUUCAGAAACCAGCAUUGAUUCAUUCGGUCUUCUUCCCGGCACUUGGAGGUCCAGGAAGUAAGAUGAGCGCCAGCGAUCCCAACAGCAGUAUUUAUAUGACCGAUACCGCAAAGGAAGUUCAACGGAAAAUCAACAAAUACGCAUUCUCCGGCGGGCAAACAACUACUGAGGAACAGCGAAAAUAUGGUGGAAACCCAGAUGUCGACGUCAGCUACGCAUACCUAUCGUUCUUCAUCGAGGACGACGAGGAGUUGGCAAAUAUUGGACAAUCUUAUAGAAAGGGUGAAUUGCUGACAGGGGAGUUGAAGAAAAUGUGCAUUGAAACACUACAAGGAUUCGUCAAGGGAUUUCAGGAUAGGAGGAAAACCGUUACUGAUGAGGAACUAGAUGAAUUUAUGCGUGUUAGACCCUUGGUUUGGGGAACUGAGAAGCAGGAGGAGAGAGCGAGGAUUGCGAAGGAGAAGAAGGACGCCGAAAAGGCGGCAGCUGUGGCAGCUGCGGCGGCGGCGAAAGAGAGCGCAUAG